CCCCACCCACUCCCACGUGGUGUUUUUCCUUCUCCGCCCCCUGGAUGGACACCACGUGUUCCUUCUCCGCUUCCCGGAAGUCCUGCCCACGUCCCCCUCUAGCUCCGGUCUUGGUCCCCGCCUGCCCGCUCCGGCGUGUUGCGUCACUUCCUGCUCGGCCCUUGCCUCGUGUUUAAGGAGACCCCGGCGGCGGCUUUCCGGUCCUUUUCGGUCCGUUCGUCCUAGAGAAGAGGAGCGGGAGACGAGCGACGCGGCGCCAUGGCGGACAUCCAGACUGAGCGUGCCUACCAGAAGCAGCCGACCAUCUUCCAGAACAAGAAGCGGGUGCUGCUUGGGGACACGGCCAAGGAGAAGCUGCCCAGGUACUACAAGAACAUCGGGCUGGGCUUCAAGACCCCCAAGGAGGCCAUCGAGGGCACCUACAUUGACAAGAAGUGUCCCUUCACUGGCAACGUCUCCAUCCGAGGCCGGAUCCUGUCUGGGGUGGUGACCAAGAUGAAGAUGCAGAGGACCAUCGUCAUCCGCCGGGACUACCUGCAUUACAUCCGCAAGUACAACCGCUUCGAGAAGCGCCACAAGAACAUGUCCGUGCACCUGUCACCCUGCUUCAGAGACGUCCAGAUCGGAGACAUUGUGACUGUGGGCGAGUGCAGGCCCCUCAGCAAGACCGUCAGGUUCAACGUGCUGAAGGUCACCAAGGCAGCCGGGACCAAGAAGCAGUUCCAGAAGUUCUGAGCCCCCCUGGCGGGGGUGGGGCCGUGUGCCAGAGUGCCCGCUGUGGCCCUGCCAGCUGCUUUGCCAAUAAAGACAUCCUUUCCCUA